GAUAAACAACACAGUAGCAAAUAGGUUAUAGAUGUUCGUUUUGUUUGGCUUGUCAAAUUUAGUGAUAUUUACUGUUUAUUUCAAAGUUUUUACUAAUUAUUUUAGUAAUUUGAAUUCAGUUUCAGAUGCUUAAAGUUGUGAUUCAAUUCAUUCCUUCAUUUUCGUUACCUAAACGUCACUAUGUAACAGCUUCAACAUAACCAAUAUGCACCCAGUUUUUGGCUUUAUAAAUCCUGUCAGAAUAUGAAAUUAAAAUUCCGAUGGCUGUUUUUUGUAUUAGUUAUUCUAGUGAUUGUUUAUUUGAUAGUGUAUCGUGAUGUGAGUAAUUUAGCUGAUCGUACUGAGUUCUCCAGUUUGUUCAAGUAUUACCAGACUGCUAAUCAAACUUCAAAACAACUGUUGAAGAAUGGAAACCUCAGUAAAUCUGAUGAUGCCUCCAGUAAAGUGGCUUCCGAAACCAAGGAUAAAAUGGAAUGGAUUCCAUCAGAAAUAGUCGUAGCAGUAGUGGUAUGUGGUGACAGAUUGACAGAAACGUUGGUUAUGCUAAAAUCGGCCAUAUUGUUUUGCUUCUAUUUGAGACACGACUUGCGUAUUGUGAUAUUCACUGAGAACUCACUCUUCCAGAGCUUCAGUGAAAAGUUGGGAGAAUGGCAGAGUCUCACCAACACCUCUUUCCAGUUUGAGUUGCAUGGUUUAUCGUUUCCUGACAAAAAUGGAAACGAAUGGAGAAAACUAUUCAAGCCUUGUGCAGCGCAGAGGCUAUUCUUACCUACACUGCUCUCGCAUCUUGAUAAAGUGCUCUACGUUGAUACGGACGUAAUAUUCUUGGCACCUUUGUCGAAAGUGUGGUCGCAUUUCGACAAGAUGAAUUCAACCCAGAUGGCAGCACUUUCUCCCGAACAUGAAGACCCCAGUAUAGGCUGGUACAAUCGGUUCGCUAGACAUCCUUACUAUGGCAAAACUGGUGUGAACUCUGGUGUGAUGUUGAUGCAUUUAGCCAAAAUGCGGAGUUUCGGCUGGUCGAGUUACCUACAACCUAUCUAUAAUGAGUUCAAACUGAAACUUACCUGGGGUGAUCAGGAUAUUAUCAACGUUCUAUUCCAUUUUCAUCCAGAGCGUCUACUAGUGUACUCAUGUGCGUACAACUACAGACCUGACCACUGCAUGUACUCGUGGAUGUGUGGAGAGGCAGAGAGAGAGGGAGUGGUUGUGGUUCACGGAUCUCGCAGUUCCUUCCAUGGAGAGAAGCAGCCUGCUUUCAAGGCUAUCUACAAAGCUGUAGAAGAGUACCAGUUACCUACAGACCCUCACGAGAACCUUCUGCUGCCGAUGAAAAGCUACCUCGCCCAAACCACUCAGUCGAACUGUGGUAAGGAUGCCACCCUUUUCACCAAACAGCUGGAACACACGUUUCCACAACCCCUCGACGAGGGAUUCAGAUAACAUCCUCUGUAUUAACCACUCACCUGAUUACCACUGUGAGGUCCACGUUAUAAUGGCAGUGUUCGAUUAACAUUGGUGUUGCUAUCCUUGUCUAUCAUUCGACAAAGCAGGGAGCGCUAUCAUUUUCUAGAUCCCAGAUCGUUUUCAAACCAUGUAAUAAAGGUAUCUAACAAAAUAUUUGAUCUCAAUUAUGAAAAUUUAUCAUUGAAUUAUUUUAAAAUAUAUUUUAUUGAUGAAUAAAAUAUAAUUGAUUAUUUUUAACAAGAAUGAACAGUUUGGCUCAACUCACACUUACGCGACUCAGGUCGAGAAGAGACUCGACUCUAGUCGAGAGCAUAUAUAUGGUCUCUGCAUAUAUGGUAGUACAAGUAAAAGUAACCUUGAUAAAAUUCUAAAACAGCAAAAACGAGCAAUAAGAAUUAUGCUGAACCUCAAUAGAACUGAUUCUGUAAAAUUAGCUUUCUCAGACCUGGAAAUUUUAACAAUAUAUGGACAAUACAUAUAUGGUGUUAUAGUCUUUUUCAAAAAAUUUUGUGACACAAACUUGAGAAAUAACACUCACGGUUACAAUACAAGGUUUGGUCGUAUAAUAGAGAGGCACAGAUUAGAUC